CCGUGCUGUUCCGUGCUGUGCCAGGCCUCAGUCCAGCUCUCUCGCCCGCUACAGCGCCACAGUGGUUGUUUCAGUGCCACAACCAGCAGCGUCAGGGUGACACAAAGCAGACUCUUGAGGACGGCCGCACACCUCUGCCGCAGCCGGUGGCGGCGUUAGGUUAUCUCCGGCACUCGCAUUACAGCUUCGACUGUCACCACCACCACCACCAUGGCGUUCUCAGGCUUUGCGGGGCUCAAGAAGCAAUUCAACAAAGCCAAUCAGUUUAUGAACGAGAAGAUUGGCGGCGUGGAAGGAACCAAACUCGACCAUGACUUCUUCGAGAUGGAGGCUAAAACGGAUGUCAUGUGUGAGCUUGUGGACGACCUUCAGAUCAAGACGAAGGAGUUUCUUCACCCGAACCCUGCCUCGCGCGCCAAGAUGUCCGCGGUGAAGGGCAUCGGCAAGCUGUCAGGGCAGGCCAAGGCUUCCACUUACCCGCAGCCUGAGGGAGUGCUGGGCGAAGCGAUGGUCGGCCACGGGAAGAAGCUCGGCGAGGAGAGUUACUAUGGCAUGGCCCUCAUUGAGACUGGAGAGAGCAUGAAGCAGAUUGCAGACAUCAAGUACAAUUUGGAUGACAACAUGAAGAUGAACUUCUUGGAGCCUCUGCACACGCUGUCCACCAAAGACAUCAAGGAAGUCCAGCACCACCGCAAGAAGCUACAGGGCCGCCGAUUAGACUUUGACUGCAAGAAGAGAAAAAAGAUAAGGGUGAGUAGCAGCACCUCUUCUUCCCCUCAUCCUUACCAUCACAGCAUUACUGGCUCCCAUGUCACAGACGAAGAGAUCAAGAUGGCUGAGGACAAGUUUGCAGAGUCCCUCCAGCUGGCACAGAUGGGCAUGCACAACCUGCUGGAGAACGAUGUGGAACAGAUUUCACAGCUGGCCACAUUUGCUGACAACUUGCUGGAUUACCACAAACAGUGCUGUGAAAUCCUGGAUGUGCUGGUCACCACACUCAACGAGAAGAAGGAUGAGGCCGCCACCCGACCCAAGCAAGACUUUGUGCCCAAGACUCUCUCGGACCUCGGGGUAGCGGACACCCUCAAUGGGGGUCUGCCCUCCACCAACGUGUCAGCCACCACCCCCCAGCGGUCCCCCUACGGCUCUCCUGCUCGGUCUCCGGUCCACACCCCCACGCACACCCCCCAGUACCCAGGCUCCUCCCCCCUGCCCUCCCCCAUGAGCCAAGCCCCGCCCUCGUGGGACCCCCUCUUCCCUCCUGGAGGACCCCCACGCUCACCCAAUGCCUCCCCAUUGCCCUCCCCUAUGAAGAGCCCUGCGCGCUCCCCCAUGCUUCAGACGCCUUCAGCUGUAGCUCUGUAUGACUUCGAGCCUGAAAAUCCUGGAGAACUGGGCUUCAGUGAAGGAGAUAACAUCACCCUCACGCAGAGGAUUGAUGAGAACUGGUUUGAGGGCUCGUUGAAUGGCAAGACUGGCCUCUUCCCUGUCACCUACGUCAAUGUGACUGUUCCUCUGCCCUAAGUCAGCCCUGCCCUGCCCUGCUGCAGUCCUUGCCUCACCUCACCCCGCCCUGCCCUGCCCCACUCAGACAGUGAAAGCACGAGGAACAUUUUUUCUCCUCCAGCCAGCCAAGGAAGCAGUGAACAAUGUGUGCUGGUGUUGCUGAACAUUGUUGUUGUUCUCAUUAUAAUACAAGACUGUGAUGGUGACCAAGUGUUGUAUGUGCUAGAAAAAUGAGCUAUCUGAUAGUGAUGAGAAUCUGCCAUGUAGUCUUUAUGAAUGGUGGGUGGCCAGUACAGAAGUCAGUCAGUCAGAUGGCCACCUGAAGUGUCUAGAGGGGAUGAGAAGAUCUGAAGAUGUAAUACAACUCAGAAAAUGAACUCAAGAGAAAUACACAUGAUUGCAAACAACCAGAAACCAGCAUUAAAAAAAAAUAAAUAAAUAAGUAACAAUCAGUUGCACCAGAUCUGAACAUAAGGAAAUUCAAACUUGUCCUCAUAUUGCAUGCAGUUCUUUAGUUUACUAAGAUUGCAUUCCUCAAUGAUCCUCAGAAAUGUCUUAUGGAGCAGCUGUUUCCAUAUUAAAAGGUACCAGAUGGAAAUUAGCGUAAUGCUGUCCAGAGACAGAUGGUAAGCACCACUGUCUUUACAUCAAGUCUGCAAGUGUAUGAAAGAUAGGGUUAUCAUUUCCAGUAGUCAUAAUAUCUUUCUGUCUAGCCUUACAAACAAGACUUUCAAGGUUAUAGUGUUGAUGCUGUGUCCUUGCAUAAUUCCUUCAAGCUAAUCAUCAGAUCUUGUCUUUUCAAGCAAACAAAUGAACAUUUAGUAGUAUGAUAUUGCUGUAUGUUCUUUAUGAAAUUCUCACUAAAUUAUCAACAGUUUCAUUCUCUGAGACUAAGGAAAUAAUGAUUUAACUUAUAAAGCACAGAUGCUAGUAAUAAUAAUACAUUGAGCACUGUAUUGUGCAUAGCUUGUCAUUCCUAAUGUGAAGAAACCAACACAACUUACAAGCAUGGAUAGUCAUUAGGAACUGCUGUGCCAGUUGGACAUGUGUGGGUUACAGAACAUGAGAGUCCUGGGUAGUUUGGGAUCAGGGAGAAGUAUGAGCAGGCGGCUGCCUUAGUGGGGUAGGUGGGCUUGGUGGGGUUGAGAGACAUGCCCACAUUCCCACACCUGAUUUCUUGCAGACACAGCACACUCUCCCAUCACAGUCUUAGUCGCGUCUUAACAUUACUUGCAAGGUGGAUAUUACCUGUAGGUCGGCUAGCCAUCGUAGCACAAGUAGACAACCACAACUUUUACUCAUUCAAGAGUCAUACUGGGCUGUUGCUGCUUUUUUUUCUUUUUUUCUUUGCGCCAAAGCAUUGCAGAUUUCAUGAAGGGCCCAGCAGCAUUUUUCCUCCUUUUUCGUCUUGUCUCGGUAGCUUGAUACAUUGCCCUCUCUCGAGACCUUUAUCAAAACAUAUGUGAUGGUAUUUUAAGAAUAAGCAUCUGUUGUCUCAUGAACUUGUACAUGCAACACAGAAAAUACACACACACACACACACACACACACACACACACACACACACACACACACACACACACACACACACACACACACACACACACACACACACACACACACACACACACACACACACACACACACACACACACACACACACACACACACACACAGACAGAAGGAAGCCUGUGUGUUUCUCACUUGCCCAAACUGAACUGUGGAGUCAAGUGAAUGGUUGCCAAUGAAAUUCAAAGCUAAGCUCUUUUGGUAAUCAGCCACACCCUCCAUCAGCCACCAGCAAGUGUAGGGACAGACACAACCUUCAGUCAAGGGUUGUGCAUUACAGAACAAGCGGUGUCAGUCAGGCUGAAACACGCACCACUGCACCUUCCACACAAGCAGUAGUCAGCAACCAUGUCUGUGUUGCUAAGAGCCACAAAAGCAACAUGAAAUUAUGUGUAGAGAGCAGUCCUAAAGCUACAAUCCUGGACGGGUGGGUAAAUGCAUGGAGGGCAAGGAUACAUGGCACACACAGCUGCAGUUGCCUAUCACUCCCUCCUUGCAUGUGAGUGGCCACUAGAAGUAAAACUUGCUGCCCUGUUAUCUGGUGAUCAGAGCUUCAUCAGUGUUGCUGUUCUCAUAACAAUGAACCUUUAUUCUUUUGCAUAUUCUUGGGAUUUAAACUUUAUCCAGAAAUUGCUAUUAGUUGUCAAAAACCUCAGUAGGUGGGAAUUUGAAUAUGAGCAGAAUAUUUUAAGUCUAUGUAGAUGAUGCAUAGCUAUAUUAUGAUGUUUAGAUCAAAGCUAACAUGUGCAUGGAGAGCAGCAGCAUAGUGGCAGUGGAUGGCUCUGGCAGGCAGUGGUGCCAGCACUGGGGGAGUGGGGAACCAACCUGUGUGGGUCCCUGCCAGUGCCCCAGUGCUAACCUGAGACACCUCUAAGCUUUUCUUGAAUCCUAGUGUCUUUGAAAGUCAGCCAUUCGUUGUGCAAUGUGAUGUUGUGAUGUUUUGUGUCUCUCAUGAUGAUGUUGAUAAAGAACACUGUUAUACAUAUAUAUAUAUAAUAUAAAUAUAUAUAUGAAGCAUUUUUUGUGGGGAUGUUUGUCGGCUGCCUUGGCAAGCAAGGGGUCCACCUCUCCCAGCAGGCCGUGGAGAGGCUUACUUCCAAGUUUUUGGGUUUAGCAGCAGGGCCUCCUGCUGCCAGAUGUGCCCAACAGUCACACUCGGUAGGUUCAGUCCUGACUUUUCCUGUGUUGUCUGCCACGAGGCACAACAUGUCGGCUUCCCUGCAAGGAAGCCAUUCUGCAUAGUAGUUUAUUCAUUCUGCCUUCUCCAUAGUUUCAUGUUAGAUUUACUUAAGGAGAGAGAGAUUAUUAUGUACACUUGAGAUUCAUUCCAGGUGACCCUUUUUUUACAUUGUUACCUAUUUUGUAGUGCAGGUCCCAGGCAGUGGUGCCAGGUAUGUCCAGCUUCCGUGGUUGGUGGUUCAGUGUGACAGUAAUUGUUAUCCGUGAAGAAUUAUCUCUACUAAAGUGUUGUAGCCUUUAUAUAUAUAUAUUGAUGACAGUUAUGUAGGCAAUUGAAGACUUAUGAUAAAAAAAUUAUUACUACUCCUGCAGGUUUGUAAUUAUGUAUACUUUUCUCUUUCCUUCUUUUCUUCCUUCUCUGAUUUUGCCUUAUGUUGUACAUAAUCACACUUUGUGUGUUCCUAUUUAUUUCUUUGAAGGUGACAACAUUGUACAUAGGUGGUCGGUGGUCACUGAGACGCUGCCCUCUCCCUUCAGGGAGUGCAAGACUUUCCAUCAUUUACAUCAUUCUUCCUUUCUUUUUGAUAUUGAUUAAUGCAAAGCAUUCUCCAUGACAGUAAAGAACACAGGUAGAUAAAUUAGAUUUGCCCCAGAGAUCACUGGGAGUGUCCACUGCUUCACUGCCUCCUGGGCCAUGAGUGUUGGGUGUGCAGUGGGUCCUGUGUGGCCCUCAGUGUGGUAGCUGAUGUGGCCCAGUCACUACCCCUGUGAGAGUCUGGAUGGAAGGAAGGCACUGCCUGGCUGGUCAUUUGGUCUACAUGUCUAAACUGUUUUUUAUGAGUUGCUUCUUAAGAAUUGGUGUGAGUCAUAAUAUCAGUAGGAAACUGAGAGAGAAUUAAUUAUAUAGAUUAAGAGUUGGUCAGUCAUAAUUACAAAGGUGACCGGAGUGGUGUGAUUGUAACAAAGUGUAGAAAUAGGUACAGAAGGAUUUUUAAAACCCUUUACCUCUGAGACCCAUUUAGAGAAAAUGGGCUCUUUAAAUCAUUAAGCCGUGAUUGUGAUGACAUUGUGACCAGGGGAAGGGAGGGGUGGGCAGGAGGGAGGGAGGGAAGGAAGGAAGGAAGGAAGGAAGGGAUGCACCUGGAACAGGCAAUAAGGGCACCAGUAGCAAACAGCAGUCAGUGUGCAGUGCACUGCCCCGCCUCCCUCUAGCCCCUCCCUCCGCCUGGCAGAGAGAGGGUGUCCCAGCACUACGUAGGUUCAUUUACAGUAAGCAUUUUUUUUUUUUUUUUUUUUUUUUGUGCUACGAUGAUGCUUAAUAUUUUUUUUUUUUUGUGACAGGACACCAUAAGGACAGGUUUUCUCUUAAUAAUUACUAUGUUAAGAAUAACAGUAAUAAUAAUGUUAAUGAUAAUAAUAAUAAUCAUAGUAAUAAUAACAUUAAUAAUAAAUGAAAAAAAAUAUAUUGAUGUAAUACUUAAGUACAGGGGGGAAGAAAUAUCUGUAUUAUUUUGGUUUGACAUUAUAUUUUAUGGGGAAAAGUUUCAGUGUUCACAGAGAUAUUUUGCGUUGAGUGCAAGAAAAGUCCUAAUCUAAGUCAGUGUUGUCGAGUUCUGAUGGUGAAUAUUUUGGUGGUGAUGUCCUCCCUGUUAACUCCACCUUCCUUCCCUCCUUCCUUCCCUCCUUACCUUCCUUUGUCCCUCUCACCCUUCCUUCCUUCCAUCUCCAUAGCUAUCAUAACUUUCUAAUCCCUAUUUCUCCUUCCUUAACCAUCAUACCUUCAUUUUUUCCUGCUUUCCUUACAUUCCUCUCCUGCUUUCCUCCUUUUCCUUCCUGCCUUCCUGUUAAUUUUUUUAUCCUCUCUGACUCAUGCAGUGUAUUUUAUUUUGUGCUUUGUCAUCACCUGUUCUUCCUGUCUAAUAUUUAACUCCUGCCCUCUUCCAUCCCCUUCCCCUUCACUUCCUCCUCCCUCCCUCCCACCAGUAGUGUUAACGAUGAACUACUUAACAGCGUAAUGAAGAUCAUUUUAAGCAUUAUCUUGUGAGUAAAAAAAAGAGUACAUUCAUUUAAGAAAAAUUUCUCUCUCUCUCUCUCUCUCUCUCUCUCUCUCUCUCUCUCUCUCUCUCUCUCUCUCUCUCUCUCUCUCUCUCUCUCUCUCUCUCUCUCUCUCUCUCUCUCUCUCUCUCUCUCUCUCUCUCUCUCUCUCUCUCUCUCUCUCUCUCUCUCUCUCUCUCUCUCUCUCUUAAAAAAUCCAGCAGACAUUUGUGGCUCAAGAAAGCAGUAAAUACCCUCUUUUCCACUAUACAAAGUUUCACCUCUCAUUCCUCUUUGCCUCCUAGUUUCUCUCUUCAUCCUCAAACUCCAUCCUCGUAAAUGCAUCUCUCUCCAUUUUUCAUGCUAGAGCCCCAGCCUUCUUCCUUGUUAUUCCAUUCACAUGGCCCUGAACAAAAACCUCACCAAACUGCUUAAAAAGAAACAAUAAAAGGGUGGCAUUAGGGAUUUUUCUUGGCUUCUGGGCCGGACGUGGGUGGGGCCGCUUGAAGACUUGCUAUAUAUAAUGAUGUGCUGGGAGCAUGCUGUGCUGUUUGGUGGUGCAUAGAAGUAGCAGGAGGAGUUCAUGCUCAGGUGUUGAGGAGGCAGCUGUGUGUUGCCUCUCAUCUGCAUGGUGAGAGCACUGCUGCUUCUGUUUGUUGAAGUAGGAGGAAUGAUGCUGAGGUGAGGGCCAAACCAUUAGGUGUGACAGGUUGUGAUGGUGUUCUAACACUUCUAAAACAUUAAUCAGUUUUGAGGGACUGUUUUCAGCAUGUGAGGUGAACAAAAUUACCAAUUGUGUAACAGUAUGACCCACAAGACUUGUAAGUGUAGGUGUUAAGAUUUGAACCAACUGGUCAUUGAGUGUUUGUUUGUUUGAAUGUUGUGAGUGACAUCAUGCUGGGAGGAGGAGGAAAGGGGGGGAAGCAGCGACCUGACCUGGUGUGGCCCAUGGGUCAAGUCACUGAAUAGAUUGGUUGACAUUUAUCAAUGGGAAAAACCCAAUUUGGUAGCUAUCUUUUGUCACCUUUCAUCUUUCCUUCUCCAUCUAUCUGCCCAUCUGUCAAUCUGUCUCCUUUUAGUAUAUCUCCAACACUCCGUCACUUUGUCUGUUCAUGUGGAAUAAACGUUGACAUGAGUA